CGCCUCCUAAUUACCAGCGCUUAUAGUGUGUACAGUUUAUUACUAAGUAUUUCAUUAUUAAAACAUUUAUACAACCAUCAAAAGUGUUAUAAGUACAGUCCAAUACAAGGUGCAACACCACACAUCACUAUACAUUUUGGUCCUUCACCCGUCAACGAAAAGGAGCCACGCCGCGAAUCGCCAUACAGACAAACCAGCGAAGACUUCCCGAAGGAACAUUGCAUCGCGGAAACCAAAAAGGCAGGGACAUGACUGAGUGAGUUUGUUCCAUAUCCUUCUUAUUCCUUCUAGUUUCCGUCUUCUAGCAUUCUUUCUGGAUCAGACAUCUUCGCUAAAAUUCAAUUAAAUCAUCAUGUCGGUACCUACAGUACAACAUUUUUACUCUUAGAAGCGGGCGACGAGCAACCGUGCCGAGUUCAAAACCGGUUCCUUAUCGCUUGCUAGUGGCUUACGCGCAUCGAUUUGAAUGCAUUUCGUACCUACUUAUGACUGCAUUUAAAACUUUAGGCAUUACGCGUGUUAUAACUUUAUAACGCGUGAACUAUUUUGCAUUUUUCUUUCGCAUUACUUAUUAUUUUAACUUCAACUUUUCAAAUUACGUUCUUUGCUUUAUUUCGCUUGACUUUAUUCGUUAAAAAUGAGUGACCCACGUAGCAAAGAAUUAAUAAAACUUCGUGGUAGCAUUAAAGGUAAGCUAACUAUAUUUCAAAAUUUCUUAAAUAGUUUAGAUAAAUGCGACCACAUUAGCGAAACUCAAUACAACGAACUUGAAUGUCGGCUGAGUAAAAUUGAUAGUCUACAGAAUGAUUUCGAUAAAUUUCAGACCGAGCUCGAGAUUUUGUCGGACGAUACUAGUCAACUGCUUCUCGAACGUGAAGAAUUCGAUACGAAAUAUUUUUCGUUAGUGGCUGAAGCACGUACAAUUAUGAAUAGAAGCAAACGGCACCUCCAGCGUCGGAUGUCAGUGUCUGAGGCGAGUGAAGGGAGCGAAAGCAGAGACGGUGGCUUUCACGACUUUGUUCGUCUUCCAAAAAUUUCACUUCCUUCUUUUGACGGAGAGAAGAUGACUCAAUGGUUGGAAUUCAGAGAUACGUAUCUUUCUUUAAUUCACUCUAAUAAUAAUUUAGGGAAUAUUAAUAAAUUUCAUUAUUUGAGAGCAGCUCUUAAAGGCAGUGCCUUAACAGUCAUAAAAAAUCUUGAAUUCACUUCCAAAAAUUAUGAAGUAGCAUGGCAAUUGCUAUCAAGUAGGUACGACAAUGAACGAUUGCUUGUAAAUAUACAUGUCAACUCGUUACUAAAUUUCUCAACAAUGACGAAAGAGUCUGGAAAAUCUUUAAGAAAUUUAGUCGAUACAAUUAAUCGUAAUUUAUGUGCAUUAAAUACCCUAGGUCAACCCACUGAUCACUGGGAUACCUUGGUUAUUCAUUUAAUGAGUCGUAAGUUAGACAGUGUUACCUUUCGUGAGUGGGAGGAACAUCGUAACUCAAUAACUACUUCUCCUACAUUAAAACAAUUUAUAGAUUUUCUAAUAGGCAGAGCUGACUUAUUAGAUACUAUACAACUUGAAGAAACACAAAGACAGUCAACUUCACAAAUAAAUCAAAAUACACAAUUUACACAGAAUAAGCACAUUACACAAUCAAAAAAUACAAGUUUAAAUAAAGAAAAAAUUACACUUAAAACCACUGCAUGUCCUUUAUGUACACAAAAUCAUUUUUUAUUUAGCUGUUCUGAAUUUAGAAAAUUAAGCGUAGAUGAACGCUUAGAAAAAAUGAAGAAUUUCAGUGUGUGUAAAAAUUGUUUACGGCCUGGUCACAAAGACAGUCAGUGCCGCUUAACUCACUGUAAAUACUGUUCUUUAAAGCACAGCACACUUUUACAUAAAGAUACUGAACAGCACACCACAGUUGCCUUAUCUGCCAAUAUUCAGACUAGUAACAAACCUCUUACAUUGCUUUCCACAGCAUUGGUGAAUGUGGUCGGCGCCGACGGGAAACUACAUCCUGCUCGCGCUCUUCUAGACAAUGCCUCCACGGGGCAUUAUGUCACACAGCACCUGUGUGAGAAGCUGGGUUUGCUGCGUCGAAGCGUAAGCUCCUCUGUGACAGACGCAUCGGAACGUGCUUACGGUGCAUGUAUCUUCGUGAGAGCGGUCGACGCAAAUGGCACGGUACAAGUUCGCCUUCUAGCUUCCAGAAAUAAAGUGGCGCCUUUGAAGCCUACCACAAUCCCCAGACUCGAGCUUUGUGGUGCGCUCCUGGCGUCUAGACUUCACGCCAAAGUGAUGUCAUCAAUCACCCUUAAGGUACACGAUUCCUUUUUUUGGACUGAUUCCACAAUCGUGUUAGCAUGGCUAAAAACGCAAUCAAAUCAAUUAAAAACGUUUGUUCGGACUCGAGUAGGUGAGAUUCAAGACAGCACAGCUGGUCACAGGUGGAGCUACGUUCCAUCGAAGGAAAAUCCCGCCGAUUUAGUCUCACGCGGAAUUGCAACGAACAGUAUUGGCUCAUGCGCACUGUGGUGGUCUGGUCCAGAUUUUCUUAAAACAAAAAACAUACAGUUUCCGAUCAUACCAAACACACAAUCAGAUUCUACAAGCACACAAAGACAGGAAAAAACAGAAAUAGUUUUACACACAACGACACAAAGUAAAGACACAGUCACACACAUAAUUCAUGAAUUAAUAAAUAAAACGUCAAGUUACACACAUUUAAUUAGAUCUUUUGCUUUUGUACAAAGAUUUAUACACAAUUGCAAAUAUCCUAAAAAUAAAUUAACACAAACAUUAUCUACAACAGAAUUAAAAAAUUCAGAAACUUAUAUACUAAAACUCGUGCAACAACAAAUGUUCAAAGAUGAAUAUAUUUUAUUAAAGUCCGAAAAGCCUCUUCCAUACAAAAAUAGGUUGAGUUCAUUAGCACCUUUCAUUCAUUCAGAUGAGCUCAUAAGAGUUGGAGGAAGACUUAAAAACUCACACUAUCCUUUCGACAUCAAACACCCAAUACUCUUAUGUGGCAAGCAUCAUCUCACACAAAUCCUUUUUCAAAAAGAACACAUUUCAUUAAUGCAUGCGGGACCUCAACUCCUUUUGUCUUUUAUUAGACAAAAAUAUUGGCCACUGGGGGGGAGGAACCUCGCUAGGCGCGUCGUGCAUCGUUGUGUUCGUUGCUGCAGGUUUAAACCGAAACCAAUACAGCCUAUGAUGAGUGACUUACCCGCGGAUAGAACACGUUUAGAAUUCCCAUUUUUGCACACUGGAAUUGACUACGCUGGUCCAAUAAUGAUAGCAAGCCGUAAGGGCAGGGGUGCGAAACUGGAAAAGUCUUACAUUUGCAUAUUUGUCUGCUUCGCAGUUAAAGCUUUGCACCUGGAGCUCGUCACGGAUUUGACAAAGGAGGCCUUCAUAUCAGCAUUUCUAAAAUUUAUAUCACGUCGCGGUAAGCCAAUGUCUGUAACGUCCGAUAACUCGACGACCUUUAUUGGAGCCAGUAAUGAAAUCGCAUCUUUUUUCUCAAAAUACUCAGACGACAUCAAGUCAGAUCUUAGCAAUAGGGAUAUUGAAUUCCGCCGUAUACCCCAGUACACACCUCACUUCGGGGGUUUAUGGGAGUCUGCUGUCAAAUCAGUCAAAUUUCACCUUAAACGCAUCUUAAAUUUAACACAUUUAACGUACGAAGAGAUGACCACGUGUCUGGUUCAGAUUGAAGCCAUCCUAAAUUCCAGACCACUCACACCUCUUUCUUCCGAUCCUUCCGACCUUACUUGCCUCACUCCCGCUCAUUUCCUCAUAGGACGCUCACUCUUGUCGGUUCCUCGCCCAAUGGUCAGCGAUACAAACAUCGCCGCCAUGGAUCGCUACCAACGCAUCGAGGCGCUCAAGCAGCACUUCUGGCGGAGAUUCUCGGCUGAAUACGUCUCUCUGCUACAACAGCGCAUGAAAUGGCAGAGGGGCUCAAUCACAAGUCUCCAGCUAGGUAGCCUGGUGCUCGUGAAAGACAGAGCGCAGCCACCACUUUUAUGGCUGCUUGGAAGAGUGGAGAAGGUGCAUCCAGGACAGGACGGAGUGGCUCGCGUGGCAGAGAUCAAAACAAAGAAGGGAGUCAUCACGCGGGCCUUUAACAACAUUUGCCCCCUUCCGAUUUCCAACUCGCGCGGGCAGGAUGUUUAGUGCUAUAGCACUGCACAAGGCGUGCGCGGCGGCGGGCUGCGGGAGCGGGGAGCCUCGCGGUGCGGCGCCGGCGCGCGGCACAAUACAUUCGCGGCGCGACCGCCUCCUAAUUACCAGCGCUUAUAGUGUGUACAGUUUAUUACUAAGUAUUUCAUUAUUAAAACAUUUAUACAACCAUCAAAAGUGUUAUAAGUACAGUCCAAUACAAGGUGCAACAC